CCGCGGAAUUAUUUAUAGCGUUUGAGCUGAAAUUUGACAUGCUAUGCUCGCACAACUGAAAAACUAAAAAUAUUUAUACAUGUAUGUGCUUCAGAAAUAGGGGUAAUUGCAUAAUUAUGAGUGUAAGAGUGGAAAUAAUCGUGGCUUUUGUGUGCCUUGUGCAUUUAGGUGUUUGUGAUUUUGAAUUCGGACGGUUUCCGAAUACCUUUCGAUGGGGAAUCGCAGACAGUUUGGGGUCGAUAGAUCUAGACGCUAUUGAUGGACGUUUGCAGUUAUUGAAAGAGAUUGGGGUUGACGUGUACAAGUUCGGUCUGAAGUGGGACGCGGACGCUAGCGGGCAACUUAAGGGCGUUUCAAAUGAGUCGCUUGCCGCGUAUGAUGUAAUCCUAGACCGCCUGCAGGGACUGGAUGUCGAGCCCCACAUCUCUGUCUUCAGAGAGGACGCGCUGGAGUCGGCUUUAUUAUCAAAUACAAGUCAAAUAUGCCAGACUGCGACGAAAGUGUUCCGGCAUUUUGGUAAUAAGGUACGAUACUGGAGUACUUCCGCUGGUACCCGGUGGGGCUGCGAGGUACUGGGUGACGUACAGAGAAUCCUCAGUCUGCACACGUGUCUCUAUCACGGAUACAAAACAGCGGGCUUUACGGGUCAUUUCGGACUAGAACUUCCGGUGCGCUGGUUGAUGGCUAUGGAUCCUAGUGAGCCCAAUAUCGAGGACACAGUUGAACUGGCUCGAGCCUGCGACGCGCCGUUAUGGCUCGAGCCACUUCUUGGCUCAGGAAAGUUUCCAGAAGCAGUUCGGGUUGCGCUCGGAGGAAGGUUAUCGGACAUUGGCGUGGAGAACACUGCCCGUAUGAAUGGUUCUGCUGAUUACGUGGAGCUGGAUUACCAUGGUGGCUAUCACGUGACACGGACAGGGAGCACCGGACAUAUAGGGUUCAGGGCAGAGGCCGGCCAAGCGUGGGUCAGGAACUCCACAAAUUUCUAUCCGACUGGCCUUCGAGAGUUACUACUCCACGUCACGACGAGGUUCCCGAAUGUUGAUUUGCACGUGACUGGAAGGGGCGUGGUCUCGCGAGAUCCAAGCGUCUCUGACAGACUGCGCGUGGAGUGGAUCAGAGAACACGUCAACGAAAUUCUGAAAUCCAUAGCACGUGACAACAUCCGGUCAGUGAAGCGGUUCACCGUGCCAGGGUUUGUGGACCCCAGCAACUGCACCACAUGCAUGGGAAUAUACCAGACAAACCCAGGGCAACCAUCGGCUAAAUUCAACAAGAAGGCGUCUGCAGUGCUUUUGACACACAUAGUCCGUAUGAACGGGUUCGAACGCGGUUACUGUGGGCUCGGUGGAUUUCCGAGUGGCCGCAUUCUACACGAGAACGGAAUCUACUUCGAUGAUUUUCCGGAAGAUUUCGGCUGGAGCUCGGCAACUUCCGCCUACCAGGUCGAGGGCGGAUGGAACGAAGACGGAAAAGGGCUUAGUAUAUGGGAUGUGCGCGCGCAUACGCCGAAUAUCAUACACGAGAACGAGACUGGUGACAUAGCAUGCAACAGCUACCACAAUUACUUAGAUGACGUCAGAAUACUAAAACAGCUCGGGGUGAAGUUCUACAGGUUCUCGAUCGCCUGGACCCGGCUCAUGCCCAACGGGACAAAGGACUACAUCAACCAGCCGGGCAUCGACUACUACAAUAGGCUGAUAAACGCUCUCCGCAAGGAAGGUAUUGAGCCGAUGGUGACCCUGUUCCACUGGGACCUUCCGCAGGCACUUCAAGAAGUAGGGGGCUGGCUUAACGAGACCAUCACGGAACGCUUCCGGGACUAUGCGAAACUCUGCUUCGACAGUUUCGGCGAUAGGGUGAAAUACUGGAUAACAUUCAACGAGCCGAAAAUAAUAACCGUUUCCGGUUAUGACGAUGGUUGGUUCCCACCUGGACACAAGUCCCACGGCGUGGAGGGGUACCAGGCUGCACACAAUCUCAUCAAAGCGCACGCGGAAGCCUACCGCGUGUACAAUCGGUCACAAAACGGUAAAAUCGGCAUUACGAUCAGUAUCGGCUGGGCUGAGCCGCUUGACCCGUACAACCCAGGGGACCUGGAGGCGUCCGAGCGCGCCACGCAGUUCAGCGGCGGCUGGUUCGCGCACCCCAUCUAUGUCAACGGAGACUACCCGGAAGUGAUGAAGGUUAUCAUAGCGGAGAAGAGCCGUUCACAGGGGUUCAAUGCGUCGAGACUUCCGGAAUUUUCGGACGCCGAAAAGCGGUUCAUUAAUGGUACAUUUGAUUUUUUUGGACUGAAUUUCUAUUCUGCCGAACUGGUGACCUCUGACUUUUAUGACUCAGUGAUUCCUAGCUAUUAUAAUGACAAAAGCACGAAGGGGGUAGAGAACACCAAUUACCUUGGUUCCGGUUCCAGCUGGCUCAAGGUGACUCCAUUCGGGAUGCGUAAGAUCCUUAACUGGGUCAAAAAGGAAUACAACAACGUGCCCGUGUACGUCACGGAGAACGGCGUGUCCGAUCGUAACGGAACGCUGAGGGACUAUCACCGCAUCCACUUCUAUAGGACCUAUAUAAAUGAAUUGUUGAAAGCCAUUCGCCUAGAUGGCUGCAACGUGCGAGGCUUUACAGCGUGGUCGUUAAUGGACAACUUUGAGUGGAACACGGGAUACAGCGAGAGGUUCGGCAUUCACUACGUCAACUUUUCCGAUCCGCAACGGCCUCGUAUUCCCAAAGGCUCUGCAUACUGGUUCAGACAGCUGAUAGAGGAAAACGGCUUCAAAAAAGGUUACCCCGGCAUUGGGGGUAGGGGUACAGCUCCGGCGGAAGAAGGAAAGUUCUACUUUGGAACAUUCCCAGUGAACUUUCUAUGGGGUGUUGACAACGUAGAUAACACAAAGACUGCUCACUUAAAGGUGAACGAGAAGCUCGCUCAUAUUUCGUGGAAAUCCGUGAUUCCCAACAGCAAUGGUGAUGUGGACAAUACAGUGAUUCAGGCGUAUAUGAAAUACUUCAAUGAACUUGCGGACAGCAACGUUCAACAGGUUGGAGUUUUGGGGUACGCGGAUAUACCUGCCUACAUACAAGGCGGUUGGAAUAAUGUGUCAGCUGUGGACCAGUUCGUGGCUUUUGCGCAGCGGUGCAUUACCCACUUCGGAGGCAAAGUGACAAAAUGGGUUAUUCUUGAGAAUCCAGUACGGUACAUAGACGAGCAAGAGACCUCACACAGACAAGUGGUCGCCAACAAUUUGUUUCGUGCUUACGCAAGGACGUUCCAGAUGAUUGGAAAGUUAGCUACAACACACAAAACGGGUAUAUCAGUCUCUGUUACCUGGAUGGAGCCCGGCGAUGAAUUUGCUCCAUCAGACUGUGAAGCUUCCAGUAACGCCAUGGCAGCAACGCUGGGCUGGUUCCUAGACCCGUUGUUUGGAAUUGAAAGUUCGCCAAUAAACCUUGCAAUUAAUGGGGCCGAUGUCAAUAGAUCACAACUUGUGACGGAUUUAGGAUUACCGAUCCGGAUGGUAGAUUUCGCGGUCGUCUCGGUUGGUACCAUUUCGUGGUGUACAAACAAUUCUGCUGAGCUUUCCUCGCCUUCAUCCAUCCAGUGUAUGACCAGAGACAGCGAACGUCAACCACAAUGGGGUAUAAGGAAAACUCUCAACUGGAUUAAAUACAGAUAUUCAAAUAUCCCUACGUAUGUCAAAGCAAACGUUGUAACUGACAAGGAAGCAGACCAGAUGCUGGCGUAUUUUGUCGAAACCUUGAAAGCAUCAAAGCUGGACGAUGUCGAGGUGGUCGGCUUUAUAAUUCCAUUGAGCACGCUUCGAGGUCGACUCGAAACAAUGAUCCAAGCCAUUAUUGACGCUAACGGUAUAACUCGAGAUUUACUGGAAACUGAACGCAUGCAGUCUACUACAGUAUCCAUUACUUCAGGGGAACCUUCAAGAAAACAAAUCUUCGGGUUUUAUAUUUUUCAAGUUUUGAUAAUGUUUAUGCUUUGUUGAAGCUUAGGCAUUUUGGUUAUAGCAAUAUUAACCAUUUAUGGUGUAUUUCAUACCACUAUUUCAUACAUGAGAACAUCAUUUCUCAAAUCGAUGAUAUGACGUUCUUUAAGUUAGAAUAUAGUUAUUUUAUUGACUGUUAUAAAUAAAUUUGUUUGAAAAGACACAUAAAAAAUAACAACAUAUUACUAAACAAUCACCAUGCUGACACAUCGGAGAUCGCAAGUGAAGUGUAUUCCGUUUCGGAAAGAAGACUUGUCUUUACCUUCAUAAUUGUUGCAUGAAUAAAAUUUGCUUGCAAACGAUGGCAGUGAUGAAAUUAAUGAACAAUCAUAUAACUUAAAACUAGAAGAUAUUAUGUUCACUCAAUGACUUCAUGUGUGAAUGUUUUAGUUCAAAGACGCUCCAAAUUAUUCAAUCGCUUCUCAUUUUGUAAUGUCUUUAAAUGUUAUCAGUUUUAGAUGUUAAUUAUUAAAAAACAGCAACACGUU